AAAUGGAUGAGGUUUUUGUAUGGAACAUGGAAAGUUUGCAGUCCCAGCUUCCUAUAGCUCCAGGCAGCCAUGCUUGCUUCACCAUCUUUAUCCAUGGGGUCAGCAACUUUAUUUCCAAGGAGUCCACUGUGAUAGAUGAUAAAUCUGCUCAACUAAGUCCCGCUCGACGGCCUCGCUCCACGGGUUUGUCAGACCUGUCUACUGUAGCCCUCAAGUCUUCCCAGUCUUGGAAUGAUCUGGUAUUGGUGGACCACAGUGCAAAGAUCAUCCAAGCCACCUUCAAGUUCAAGUACAGCGGCGGUCCCGGUCUAGAACGAGGUUUCUGCCGCCAUUGUGUGGUCCCCAUGAACAUCGCCAUCCAGCCCGCGGUGGUCAUGAAGGCCUGGGACGUGGUGGCCAGAGACACCUGUGAUACUUGUAAACUGGUCCUCGAUGUCCAGAACACUACUGACCACUGGGCUGAGCUGACCACUGGAGACCUGGCCAUGUCCUCUGAUGACCCAGCCUUGACCUCUGGGAAGACUCCUGUGACCCCUGGUGACCUUCUAAUGACCUUUGGUGACCCUCCUGUGACCUCUGUUACACCAGGUGCAGUAACAUUGGCAGAGAAAAAGACAAAAAGGAUAUGGAUUCCUAUCAGGAGGUGCAAAAUACAAGAACUAUAUGACAUUCCAUUAGAAAACGACAAUGAAGACGUAGAAAGUAGUGAACCUGUUCACAGGCGACACAGAGACUCUUUAUCGCACCAUCUCCAUGACAACGCAGAAGGAUCAGAGGUUGCAGAAAAGAUACAGGAAGAGUGCCUUAAAUAUUUGUCUGAAUUUGUGGACAUUCGAUGGAGUAUCCCUCACCUACAGAAGUCUGGGAAGAUUGCUGUGGAUAAACUGCCAUGGAGUGAUGCUCAGUUGGAGCUUGUGAGAGAGACUCCUAUUCACUGGGAUAUUUCUUUAAACAAAAGAGGUUACAGUGGGGAAGCACAUCAGUUCAACACUGGGGAGCUGGUACAGCUAGACGUCAGCCUUACUUGUCGCUCAGAUUUCCCUAUCCCAGAAUGCACUCUAUCAGUACAGUGCCACAGGAAGUACAAUCCAGACUUGUCAUGUGAUCGUCAUGUGACUAUAACAGGACAGUCUUGUAAAAAUACACCUGAGCUCGGCAGUGGAAGCACAUUCCGCCACACGUGUCACCUGACUUUUUACCAUACGGGCCAGUACGUGCUGGAUAUUACAUGCACAGAACUCACGAGUAACGUGCAGGAGAAUGCAUGCACAUGGACGUGCUCCCCUGAAGUCAGCAUAGAUAUCACAGACUCAGAAUCAGUUUUAUUAUUUGACUCAUCAGGUCAUGUGAAGUGAAUUUUGUCAGCCUAUAGUCAGACUUGUUCUUGUGAUCAAGAUCAGAUUGGAAGAUAUUAAGUGUUACUAAUGGUCCACUUUAACACAGGAAGAGAUAGUAGGAUGCGAGCAGGUUUAAAAUGGCUUCAUUUGCUUGUAAAGGCAAAAGAUGGGAGUUAUGACACAGACAAAGGGGCAUAGGCAGAUUUAAGGUGGUGUCAACUGUGGGUAUGAGCAAUUGGAAAGGCAAUUUAAGUAUCGCAAGUUUGUUUUUAUGUCUAUUUGUUUAUUUGGUGAAAGACUCCACCAAGAAAUUGUGGAGAAAUUGUCAAUUUGCACUACUCUCUAGGAUUACCCCCUGACUUGGUAACUAGAGAGUGAAAACCAGUGGACAGCUAUCGAGUAAAUAGGUGUGUUGGAAAAUACUGAAGUCCCUUGUGGAUCUCAUUUGGGAAUCCAGAUAAUGUUACGAUGCCUUACGUAGGCACUCUUAAGUUGUUAGUUAUGGUAUGAUUACUAGUCAUUUUCAUCUACCUUAGAAUAUUUUAAGACAUACAAUGAGCAGAUGACUUUUUGGUAGAAAAUAAUCAUAAAAUUUUCCGGGAAAUUUCAACACAUUUUUGGUAUUCACCAAAGUAAUCGUUAUCCAAAACCAUUCUCUGAAUUAUAAUUCAGAGGUGGAUUGAGUCCUUCUUCUGGGUCAGAUGGUCAGAUUUUCAAGUUUACACUGACGAGUACCCAAUUUUUCUGUCUGAAAACAGUCAAAACUGGAGGAUAGAUCAACAAAGAUAAUUUAGAAAACUGACAGAAAAUAGCUCUGGAUCCGCCCCUGCAAUCAAUGAAGCAGUUUUUGAGUACCGAGUCUCUUGUGUUUAGUCACUGUAAGUUUUGUAUUACACUCUGGGCAAUCGGAUUAAAA